AUGCAUGGAAUCACCGACCAAAUACUGCAUGCAGUGCUUCAACAUUGGCUCCCAGCACUCAUUAUAAUCAUUACCGCAUGGCUCAUCCGGAAUCGAUAUCACAACGGGCUGAACAAAUACCCCGGACCGUUCCUCGCAUCACUUACAGACUGGUGGCGGUUCGUUGAUGUUUGGAAUCGACGGCCAGAAGUCACCCACUUGAAACUUCACGAGAAGCAUGGCGAUGUGGUGCGGCUCGGACCAAACACUCUGUCCUUCGCGGACCCAGCAGCUCUCAAAGCGAUCUACGGCCUGAAUAAGGGCUAUGUGAAGUCCGAUUUCUACGUGGUGCAACAGGCCGUAGUCAAGGGUCACUCGCAACCAAGUUUGUUCAGCACCGUCGACAAUGACUUCCACCAGCAAUUCCGACGCUGUGUGAACUCGGCCUUCGCUAUGUCGGCCCUUGUGCAGUAUGAGCCAUUCGUUGAUAACACCACGAAGCUAUUUCUCAAGCAGACAGAACGCCUAUUCGCCAACAAGUCAGAGGGAUGUGACUUCACUCGUUGGCUUCAGUUCUACGCAUUCGACGUCAUCGGCGAGAUCACCUAUAGCAAACGCCAUGGAUUUGUGGAGAAGAACGAGGACAUUGAUGGGAUAGUGUCAUACCUAACCCAGUUGUUCAACUAUGUAGCUCCUAUUGGGCAAAUUCCUAUCCUGGACCGCCUCUUCCUCAAGAACCCCAUAUACCUGAAGCUUGGUGAAUGGGGCCUGAUCGAUGCGACCUUCCCCGUCGCCAAGUUCGCCCGCGCGCGCAUGGCCGAGCGGCUGCCCGACCUGAACAGCGAGAAGGGCAACAUCCUACCCACGUCGGACAAAAAGAAGCCCACACUGGACUUGUUGUCCAAGUUCCUCGCCGCACAGGAGACGCGUCCAGAAAUGAUGACCGACGGGCUUGUGCAGACCAUGGCGGUGUCGAUGGCCUUCGCGGGCUCCGAGACCACGGCCAUCAGCCUGGGCGCCGUCUUCUACUACCUGCUCCGGACUCCGAGCGCGAUGGCAAGGCUGCGGGCGGAGCUGGACGAGGCGGGCCGCAAGGGUGUGUUCCACGAUAACGAGACGGGCCUCGUUACUUGGCACGAGUCGCAGAAACUCGAAUACCUGGAUGCCUGUAUCAAGGAGGCCUUCCGCGUCCACCCUGCCCCUGGCCUGCCCAUGGAGCGUAUUGUCCCGCCUCAAGGCGCUGAUAUCGCCGGCCGCUUCAUCCCCGGCGGUACGAUUGUGGGCUGCUCCGCGUGGGUAUACCACCGCAACAAGAGCAUCUUCGGUGAGGAUGCGGACGUCUUCAGGCCUGAGAGGUGGCUGGUGGAUGAGUCCCUCGACAGGGAGAAGGAGGAGGCGAGGAUCAAGGAGAUGACAGGUACUAUGCUACAAUUUGGUAUGGGUAGCCGGACAUGUAUCGGAAAGAACAUCAGCCUGUUGGAGAUUUACAAGUUGGUGCCGAGUUUGUUGCGGCGAUUUGACAUCGACUUCCAAGAUCCAACCAAGGAUUGGAAGAUUACAAACUCAUGGUUUGUCAAGCAGUCAGACUUCUGGACGACGUUCUUGCCAAGGGACAUACCUCAACCUGAUGCCGGAGCUUUGUCGGAGAAAGAGGCAGAAACCGCAGCAAAUUAG